AUGCAACGCGCUAAAGAGGAUGCCAAUGUCGAGGCUGGUGCUCAGCGUAGGGCCAGUCUUGCAAAGCCACAAACACAGUCACCGCCAACAACACAGCCAACGCGCACCGAUGACUCAAGUGCACCCGAGCGCAGUGCAGCAACGGAUAUGGCGAAGAUGGCAAUGGGUGUGACG